AUGGAAGAAGUCAACUGCAGCGGGGUGAAAGAUAACAAAUUUGGGAGCUGCGGCAACAAGGGAAAAAAUGCUAAAUGUGACGAGGACGAAGGGGGGGGUUCCCCUUUUUUGAGGCCCGCCCACUUCGUCCAUAAUAGAGAAAAGGCUUUAAAAGAGUUUAUCAGGAAAAAAUAUGAGGACAUGACGAAAAAGGGCACCUUAAAGGAUAACAUUUCUUGCAACUACUUUCAGAUCACCCCAGACAUCGUUACCUUCACAUCUUAUGCCCCUUUCAAAAAAUACGAAAGGGUGGUAACGUUAAAAAAUAUCGAUGCCAACGCGAGAAACCUCAAGUUCGAGUUAGGGGAAAAUCAUGUCUUCAAAGUGAAGCACAUUUCGGAUGUGAAAAAAAAGGUUGCUCCCGGCAUGCUAUUUACCUUCAAGGUGGAAUUCUACCCUCAGUCGUGUGAAAACUACGAAUACGAUCUGGAGAUUCAGACAGAGGGUAAAUGCUUUACAUUGCCUAUACGAUGCAUGAACGAUGAAAUCAUUUUGGAUGUGCAAAAUGAGAUAAAGAUGAAUGAAACGCCCAUUUAUAUGAAAAGCGAAAGAAUCAUAACGAUAAAAAAUGUUGGGAAAUAUGAAAAUAAAUUUCAAAUCAGCUUAGCACCUCCCUUUUAUGUUAAUUCUUCUAUCCAUGUGCUGAAGGAGGGGGAGAUGAUAGAAAUGAAGAUCACGUUCCUGCCUGUCCAAAAAAGAACUUACGAAGACUACAUGAUUAUAAAUUAUGAAAAUGGAAUAAGCACCCACACGAAAAUACGAGGAGAAGGAAUUGUGGCCGAGGUGCUAAUAAAGGAUAAGGACCUCACUGCUGACGACGUUUACGUAAACAGACGCAAAGAAAUAAACGUCGUCAUUAAAAAUUUGUCCUUCUUUUUGCUGACCUACAAUGUAACGAAGUAUCAUGUGUACGAGUGCAAAUACGAUGACCCUUCAACGGACAUAAAAGACGUGACCUUCGACGAGGGGGACAAAAUAAUCCAAAAGACGUUCAUUCGGGACAGCGAGUUGUUGGACGAGAAUAUAGUAGAAAAUGCCCUAUGCAAAAAUGAGGAAGCCUUCCAGGGGGGGGGCGACAGCGAAAGUGGCAGUGGCGAAAGCGAUAGUGACGAUAGCAGCAGUGACGAUCGCAGCGAUGACGAUCGAAGCUGGGGAACACCCCCCACAGGAGACCAACUGCCCGAGAAGGAACAGCGUGACGCAUUUCAUUCAGAAACUUCAGAAAGGUCACUCCCAUCACGCUAUGAUGAGCCAAAAAGGAGUAAGAAAAAAAAACAACAAAUCAUAGACAUAUCCCCGAAGAGCAAAAAACUGUACAGCGACACAAACACCCCCAUCACCAUUUCAAUGUGUCCCCAGUUUGCCUCAUUUUACAAAAUAGUCAUAUUCGUAUUUAUAAGGGGAUAUAAGAAGGAAGAAAAAAUAGUGGUGUACUUAAAGAGUAUAGCCCCCGAAAUUAUCAUAAGGGAGAGGAUCCACAAAAUUGAUAGCAUUCUCAUUAACACAUGCAGAAGGAUAUCCUUCGAACUGGUGAACAACUCCCCGUUUGAUGUUCCCAUGAAGGUAGAAAAGGUAGAGGAUAAUUAUGACGAAUUUGAAGUUGCAUGCAGAAAGUUUACGUUACUGAAAAAUUCUACCCACCUUCUCCAAAUGGUAUAUAUGCCAAAAGUGAAUGGAGCAUCGGAGAAGACAUUCAUAAUUCAUCAGAAGUAUACAGAUGUGAAAAGAGAAUUAAAAAUAGUGAGUGUUUGCAAUUUUCCGCAAAUCCUAUUAGACGCAGAAGAAAUAAACUUUAAUCAUGUGUCUCACAGCUUUGAUUACAAAAAAACGAUCACCAUAGUGAACAAUUCAGAGCUGACUCUUCACUACGGGUUUAAUAUUCCUAACGAAUUGAAAGAUGAAGUAAAAAUUGAAAAAAAUGGUAGCAUGUUGAAUAAAUAUGGGGAAGAAAAAAUCGUCUUAUCAUUUUGCCCUAAACAAUUGAAAAGAUACAUGACGAGUGUAGAACUUUAUCUAAGUGAAAUUAAAAGUUAUAAAAAGAUCCUCCCUUUUCUUGCCAUCUGUUCCAAGCCGAAAGUGUUAUGCGAACCCGUUUUUAUCAACAUAGAACCUAUGGUUAUAGAUAAAAUGUACAGCGAACAAAUUAACCUCAUUAACCAGUCGGAAGACACAGAUGUGAAAUAUGAAUUAUUUGUGGACGAAGAAAUCUACGACAUUUGCGAGUUUCACAUUUCUCAGAAGGAUGGAGUGGUCAGAAGGAACCAUCUCCAAAGUGUCAACAUUAGCAUAAAGAGCAAAAUUAUAGGGUACAUCCUCAUCGUGGUUAAGGUUAAAAUAUCUGGGUGUGAAGAUCUUUUAUUUUUAAACAUUAAAGCUUGCUGCACUUGUCCCACCAUAAAAAUUAUUCCUAGUAUAAUUGACUUUGAAAAAUGCAACUGUUUAGAUGUAAAGGAGAAAGUUUUUGAAAUAAAAAAUGAAAGUCCCAUUAAUACCUUUAUCAGCUUGUCCAACGAGCUAUCUGUCUUCAGCUUUUCGAAAAAUAACUUCUACAUAGAACCGCACGAUUCUGCUUUUGUGCCUGUCUCUGUUGAGUGCUUGGACACGACGGCGUACGCGGACACGCUGCGGGUGAACGUCCAUCGGAAGGAGGACAUUUUGGUUCCCCUCAAGGCCCAGGGAGUCGGAUCGCCCAUCCUGGUCAACCAAAGCGGCAUAAACUUCCAAGUCGCGCACACGAGCAAAAAGUACGUCCACGAGCUGAUCGUCUCCAACAGAGGGACGAGCGACAGGAGCGUGUACUUCCUCUUCGAGUCCGAAAAGAAAAGGAAGAAAAGGAGUGAAAGCCCCGAAAUAUUUGGCGUGACCCCAAGGAGCGUAUCCAUCAAGGGGGGCAGCGAAGCGGUGUGUAUUGUAAGCGCGCUCAACUGCAAAGAGGAGAAGUGCGAGGACAUUCUCUACGUGCAUGAAGACACAAUCGGUAAGAAGAAACUGUGUGCUAGUUUUAAAAAAAUAAAAAUUGAAGCUUCGUUUGUUCACCCGGAGAUCGAAAUAAGCGACAUUGCGAAUUUUGUUUACGACUUUAAUGAGCGAGGGGGAGUGGAAAAAGACGAUUGGGAGGAUCACCCCACGGAGAAGUGCCAAAAUUGUGUAGACGAAAGUGGGGAAAACGGACCAAAGCAGCGUGUUACCCGCUCGAAAAAUACCAACAGAUUGAUGCAAGAAAUCGAAAUGAAGAAUCUGCGAAAUGCAAAUGUAAAGUUCACCUUGUCUACGAAGUUACCCUUUUCUGUGGAGCAAGAAGUAAUCGAACUGAGAGGAAUGGAAAAAAAAAAAAACCGCAUAUUUUUUGACAUGGAUUUUAUGAAUAACAAAAUUAGUAGCACCUAUCAAGAUCAUCUGAUCGUCCACUUUGUUGAAAAUGGAAGAAGACAAAAAUAUGAAUUGCUCGGAAAGACGAUAUAUCCCAACAUCGAGAUGAAUAAAACUUCUGUAGACUUUCAGUACAUUUUAAAAAAUUUAUUUGCCCAAGAAACAGUGGAAAUAAAAAAUGUGUGCAAUUUUAAAGUGUACUUCCAGUGGUUUUUUGAAGAAAAUAAUAUGUAUGCAAAUUUUAAUAAAGUUUUUAAUAUAAUUCCCCAUAGGGGGGUUUUACUGCCUUACGAGAAAAAACAAAUCACGCUUACCUAUAACAGCAUAAAUGAAAGGUAUUACAAUGUUAAUGUUUUAUGUCAAAUUAGGAAUGGCCCCAUGUAUCCUCUCAAAUUGAUAGGUGGAUAUUCGGACAUUAAGUAUAGCAUCAACAAGAGGGAGCUCAAUUAUGAUGUGCACUAUAAAUCCGUUGGGGAGGAUUUGCUGACCAUCCAAAACACGGGGAAAAUUAAACUUUUCGUUGAAAUUGUUUAUAACGUAAAAUUUCCCUCUCUACUGUAUACGAAUGUGAAUAAUUUUUUUGUCGAGCCGCACAACAGUAAGGACAUCGUUUUUUACUUCAUCCCUGGUAUUCCGCAAAACGUGACGGAGACCAUUUUGCUUAAAAUUUGCAAUUUUGAGGAAAUUAAAGUGAGUUUGCGCUCCAGGGACAGCUCGAAUGUGUUGCUUCUGACUGUGCGGGAUGUUGCGGAGGGGUGUGCUGAUGGGAAAAAUGGAGAACCAGCGGGUGGAUCUGCUGAUGGGAAAAAUGGAGAACCAGCGGGUGGAUCUGCUGAUGGGAAAAAUGGAGAGCUAACGGACGAAGUGUACCCGCAAGAAUGCGAUCCAAACCGCGAAACAAACGGGGGGAGAAACAACAGCAAAUUUAACCCCAUAGACAGCUUGAUAAACAAAGCCUUUUUACCCGAUGACGAGAAUUCCCAUUAUGAAAAUCAGCGAAAGGGGCUGAUCCAAAGGCUGAAAAGCAGGUACGCGGGGGUGUUUCUGACCCUCGGCAGGCAUAUCGAAGAAAUAUUGGCCCUUUAUCACGACCGAGUGGGCGGAGAUAGCGCGCAAGGGAUGUACACGGAGAGGAACGACGAAGGAAUGGGCAUAAUGGGUGACGUGGAUGAAUUGGGAGAAGCGGGAGAAUUGAGCGAAGCGGGUCAAUCGGGCCAAUCGGACCAAUCGGACCAAUCUGUUGAAGUCCAGGGGGAGAGCCAAAUGGACAACUCACCCCGCGACUCCGCUAAAAAAACGGACUCGUCCGAAGGCCCCAAGCGCAAGUACAACCUCAUAGGCAUCUUAAAAAGCUACUGCGCGAAGAACAGCGGCCUUUGUGGCAUCUUUUCCGAUUUGCUGAAAUCCUUCAUUUUGAACCAAAAGGAUGACAAGUACAUUCUCGGGAGCUUUUCAAAGUUGCAGAAGUUAGGCAACUACGAGAAGCUCUCCUGCCACAGCUACGUAAACAACGAGCACAUCCUAAAGUACCUGAAGCGGGUAAUUUUAGAAAGCAACAGCGAGCUGCAGCGGGUCUGCCUAAAUAUGGGCAAUGUAACGAUCAAGGAAAAGAAGGAGGGAGUAAUAACGCUAAAAAAUUUAAGUAAAGACAAAGUAGGGUUAAGCUACCAUUUGGGAAACCCCGAAAUGAAGGACGUAAUAACAGUAGCAUGCGAACAUAGGGAAGUAGAUAAGGACCAUUCCAUCAUCUUAAAAAUUAUAAUUGAUAAUAAGUGCGCAAAGGAAAAAUUAUUUUCAGAACAAAUGUUCAUAUGCAUGAAUGACAAUAACUACUACACAGUGGAAAUAAAUUUUAAUUACAUCAUCCCGGAUGUCCAUCUAUUUUAUGGACAAAUUCUUUUUGAAAAAGUGGAAGUGAAAAGCUGUUUAUGCAAAACGAAUCGGUUGAUAAAUGCCAAAAAUGUGGAUGUAAAAUUUAAAGUGAAAAAUAUUAUUUUCUACAAUAAAAAGUUAGAAUAUAAUCAUUUGAAGAAAAAGCCCCAAAUAUUUAUAAUUCCCAGUAAGGGGAUCAUUAAGAGCAAUUCAUUUUUGGACAUUCGCAUUUUCUUUGAGCCUUCGGAUGUGUAUAAGAAUGCCAAAAUAAGUAUCGAGCUGUUUGUUUAUCAUUCCAAUUUUACGAAAAGCAUGGACGCCUAUCUGAACAGCGUUAGAGAUCACGUGCAGGCUGACCCAAGUGACAUCAUUGUCAAGCCGCUCCUCCUCAACAGUGGAGACGUACACCACAAAAUGAAAAUUACCAACUUUAACAAUUUUUCAAAGUACCUGUUUAUUUACCACUUGGAUAACUACUAUAAGUACUUUCAAAGCUUCCUUUAUGACCUCCUGGAUAUUCACUCACAUAUAUACAUUGAAAAGAACCAAGAGGGGGAUUUUUUUUACAGCAAUUUGAUGCACUACUUGGUGGGUGUGUACAGAAGGCAGUUAGAGCGAAUAAGUUGCGACAGGGGGGGGAGAAGCUUUCCAAACGGUGACAUUAAUAGUUAUAUCGCACAAAGUUGGCAUAGAGACGAGGUUAAGGAGGACCAACAAGUGCUCACGCACGAAGGGGAGGGUGUCAUCCCAGAGGAUGAAAUAAAAGCAGGGGAAAGAGACCUCACACAUGCAAAAGACCAACCUGCAAAGGGCCAAAAAGGAAGCAAACCUGCAGAAGAGCACUGCAAAGACAAAAAGGGAAAACACAAAUCAAAAAAGAAAAACGAAAAGGAAAGGGAAAGGGAAAAAGAGAAUGACAAAAGAGAUGAACUAACAAAUAAGAAGGAAAAACUGAAUGAUAUACUAGCCGAUUGCAUACCUCCAAAAAAAGAUGACCCAAACGGUGUAGGUACAGUCCCGAAUGACCAACAAAGGAAUAUCAAAAUUUUAGAAAAUAAAAUUGCCAUCUUAGAGGAACUUAUACAGAAAAACGAAAGCAAGUACAAUUACUUUGAAGAAUAUUUAAAAAUAAUAAAAGUGAAAAAAAAAAUAAAACAAAAUUUCCUGCUCAUUUGUCCGAAAUAUGUGAAUCAUAGAGGGAUUGGACGCUACCUGCUGAACAACACCGUUUUGAAUUUUUCCCCCCUCAAGAAAACAGAAACGGGGAGCGACCCUGAGAGUGAUAACUUCCUAACGAUUGGCGAAAUAAUACGGUGGUGUAACGAGAUUAACGAGAAGGACAGCUACCCCCCCAGCGUGAAAAGGAGCUUCAUUCAUUACAUCAUCCACGAGAGGAGCGUAAAUCGGAAUAGGCACUCUACCAAAAGGCUAAGGACGUCUAACCGAAGCAUGCACGAAAGUUUGACGAACACGGUGAAUGCUGCGAAUGCGACCUAUUCGGGGCUCUCUGCCUUUUCUGGGCAGACGCAUCAGAGCAGCUUGGACUACUACGUGAGUGAAGUGCUAAAUGUGGGAGAGAAAAGGAGGGACCCGGAGCAAGCCGAGGAUGGCAUACACACAAAUGACGGCGUAAGAAUUAAUGGGGAUAAAGACCCGCACCCAAUUUUAGAGGAAGGUACAUCUCACGGGAAAGUAGGCGUCCCAAAUAAAGAUGCUCAUGCCGCAAAGGAAACGAAGGGGGAUAACGAAAAAGACGCGAAUGGCCCAAAUGUGGAAAAAAAUAAAUUCAAAAAAACCCCAAACUUGAGAAGUAUAAAAUCUAAGAUAGACAAUAAGCAUGCGAUAAAUGUGAAUAGGAAAAAAAACAACUGCAGGAAGGAGAGCGGAAAAAACAAUGAGGGGGGUAGCUUGAUGGACCAGAAGGCAUUCUUUAACAAGUACAAUUUGAGACACAAUUUAGAUUACGUGAAGCACUUUUUUCACUUUGCCCUCCUCAACGAUGAAGAGUUUAUGACUGAUGUGAAAUCGUUGCUAAAAUUAACCAUGACGGAACGGAAAAAAAACAAAGGAGAAAAUUCUAACAAAAAGAAUAGCAGCUUUGCAAACUUGUUUGAGAUAAUCCUGCAGAAAGUGCUACUCUCCCCGUUGUACGUGAAUGGGGUGGUGUUUUUCUUCAAAAAAAAUGAGUACAUAAAUUCGGAAAGUUUUUUCAACACAUUUUUGAGGCUCACCUCGGAUGAGAAUAAUCAUAUAAUUUAUUUGAACCCGGUGGAGGGGUAUGACGAAUUUUUUAAUCCAUCUAGCGGUGCGGACAGGGGGAAAGAAGCGGGUGAAAAGAGAGGCAAAGAUGCGGGUGAAAAGAGAGGCAAAGAUGCUGGUGAAAAGAAAGGCAAAGAUGCUGAUGAAAAGCGAGGCAAAGAUGGAGAAAGCGAGGGGGGGAAAAGACGCGACGCAAAGGAGAGCCCCACAACGGACGCGCAAAGACUUAAAUACUUUUAUGAAAAUAUGACCAAAAAAUAUCAAGAAAAGAUUGAGCGGAAAUUAAAAGAGAAGCAGCAAAUCGAAAAAAUAAUGGAGUCGUUAAGCGGACACACCGAUUGGGGCAAAGCCGAACUGGUUCCACGCACUGUGGAUGGCAGUGAGAAAAGGGGGGACACUGACGAGGAAGGGAAAAACGCCAACUUAGAAGGUAAAGUGGAAGAAGCGGGGGAAUGUUCUUCAUCCGUUGAGAAAAAAGACGGAGAUGAACUGCUAAGAAGCUCUAAAAAGGGUGAUCCAUGGGUAGACACAAAGGAUAGAGACAUGUUAGGCGAAAAAGGGCCAAGCACGAAAAAAGACGUGCAGUGUAUGGACGCGAAUUCGCACAACGCUGUGGAGAGGCUGUAUGAAAAAAUCGUAAUUUGCAAAGAAAAAAAAAUCCUGAAAGAGAAAAUGAUUGGCCAACUUAACACUCACUGUGUUGAGAGAAACGCACAAGUGGAUGAGCAAAUUAUCAAGUAUAAUAAAAAGGUGAGCAAAAUAAAUAGCUACAUGAAGAACAGCGAAUAUGUGGAGCAUGUGUCAUUUUACAAAGAAUUAAAAACUGUAUUGCGUAACUUAUUGAGAGAUCUUUCAAAGAAGGGAAAGGAUGAUGACGAUUCUGCCAACUUGGCGUGUCCCCAUAUAGCGGACCCUCUCGCGGGUAAGACACAAACGGGAGAAGCAGCUGAUGAUACGGCACAAAUUGGGAAAGAAAGAAGAAGCAACAUGUACGUAAGAAGAAUAAACAUCCAACUUAGUGAAAACUUUGUGGAAAAAAUAUAUCAAGAGGAUGAGGGAUUAAAAAACGUAAGUAGUGAACUCACCGAUGGGGUAGCGAUGACGGGAGAGAAGAUCGAAGAGGAGGACAUUGGCAAAGUCGCAGAGAGCACCACCAAAGCUGUAGAAAUGAACAGAGUUAAUAACAAAUUUGAUUCGCAGCAUGUUCAUAAGGCACGCGGUGGAGGCAAAAACAAAAACACCGUCAGUGAAAAAAUGCCAAACGGAGACGCAACAGAACGUUGUAACCAAGUUGAGAGAAGCGUAAAAACGGCUGUUAACAAAAAUGAAGAACUGGUCAGGUACUUAAAGCAAAAGUUCGUUCAAGUCAACUUCUUUUACUUUUUUAUAAACGAAGAGUUAUGCUUUAGAAAGAGGAAUGUUCUGAAAGAAAUUUCCAAAGUGGUGCAGGAAAAAUACAGAGACGUAAAAACGUCCGCCUACUUCUUUGACAUCCCAGACGCCAAGAUGUACGACGCAUUUAAUAUGCAGAGCUUCAUUCAGACUAAGAAGAAUUUGGAAAAAUGCGAGUGCAACUUUUAUGCUACCAGUGAGAAGGAGCAAGCUGGGGUGGCGGCUCGGAGAGACGGGUGCGAAGAAGACAAAGUGGCGAAAGAGGAAGAGCACGGGGGGGAACCGCAAAAGGGGGAUGCACAAGUAGAGAACGAGUUAAAGAGAGGCAAAUCGAAAAGGAAGAAAAAGGAAAGGAAAAAGGAAGCCAAGAAAGGCAAGGAAGAAAGCGGGAAGGAGAAGGACAAACUUGAGGACCCAGGGGAUGAGCACAAAAGUGAGAAGAAGGAGAAAAGGAGGAAGAAGAAGAAGCGAAGUGGGAAGGAAGGCGAGGGAGAAAAGGGGGAGGACAACAAAGCGGAGAGGGACAACAAAAGGGAGGAUCACAAGGAAGGCGAAAAAGAGGAGAAAAAAAAAAAAGAAAAGGAACACCCCAAAGGUAAAGACGAACGGGAAGAGAAGAAAAGGAAGGGGAAGAAAAAAGAAAAGGAAAAGGAAAAGAAAAAGGAUACCAAAGAGAAGCUAGACGAGAGCGAGCUCAAAAAAGGGGGUGCAACGCCGGAAGGUAGAAACAGCCUCGACAAUAAGGGAGAAAAGAGAGAGAGCAAAAGCGAAGAAGGAAGGGAAGACCCCCAAAAAAACGCAACCAACGAUGGAGAUGCGAACAAGAUGUACCUCUACGGGGGAAAGGAACUUACGGAGGAAGCCUACUUUGAAGAAUUGGAAAAAAAAAAGUACGAAAUAAAGGAUGAGUAUGACCACAUUUUCUAUAACUUCCGCAACGUACAUGCAGUAGAUGAAGCGGGAGAGAGGGGAAAAAAAAAAGACCAUUACGUAAUCGAGUUUUUACAAGUAGACAAGUCCUACGAUAACAAGGACCAAAUUCGAUACAAAAAUAUCACCCACGUAAUGUUGCAAAAAAGCACAUCCACGGAGAUUAGCGUAAAAAUUAACACCUGCAAAAUAGUGAGCAUAAAAAAAAGAAUAUGCUUAAUAGACCUGCUUGGGAAUUACUUCUAUUUAAAUCUUCUUGUGGUGGUGGAUAAGCCUAGGAUUUACUCCAACCCGUAUUUCAUAUUCAGCAACAACGUUGUUAUGUGUGCCCCCCGAAGUAACUGCUUUGUAAUGUGCCAAAAGCUAUACCAUUUUGACCGGGUACUGAUAGGAAGAAAGGUCCACUCAUUUAAGCACAUCAUCCAGUGGGAGUUAAAAGACGAGUGUGAAGAGCACCUCCUAAAUUUUUUAAAAAACUUUAGAGAUAUCAAUUCGCCCAAAUUUAAAGUAGCAAAAAUGAAGACGAAAAAUAUGAUCUCCAUUUUGAGCAACGAAAAGGAUAAGCACAAAUUGAAGAACUCAGAUGGGAUGAAAAAUAGCGAAAUUGAUAAAAAUUUGUACAAACACGUGCAAGUUUUGAACUUAUUUAACUCCUCCCACUUCGACUGCUUCGUAGAACUUUCUUUUGAAGGUGUUCCCUGCAGCAGUGAUAAAAAUUACCAGGCGAAUGAUCUUAACAGUGCCGACAAUUUCUUAAGCCAUAACGAUUUUUAUGUGUACCCCAAGAAAUUUUUCAUCCUCUCCAAGAAAUGGAAAAAAAUGAUCGUUUUUUUUUUGCCCCAAAAGGUGGGUCCCUUUCUGGAAAAAUUGCAGCUGUCUAUAUAUUCGGUAGCAAAUGGGGUAGUAGACACAAAUUACACAAAGGAGAUAACAAAUGGGGGGAAAAAAAGGGACAGCGAGUCACUCCGCGAUGAUAGCCUUUUCUCUAACGAUGUAGACUUAGCCAACAAACAGGUUGACAAUUACCUGUAUGAUAUAUUUUCUGUGUCCUUAAAGGGGGAAGGGAUAAAGUGCUGCCUGAAAAUGAGCGAAAGUUGCUUAAACUUUCACAAAAUUCUCUUAAACUCUGUUCAGCAGAAAAGUGUAGAAUUGAAGAACUGCAGCUACUGCGACCUUGCCUGGUUUGUGGACCCUGCCGACUUGAGGAGCGACUCCCCAUUAUGCAUAAAUCCCACAAAAGGAAAUUUACUAAAAAGUGAAAAGAAAACGAUAACAGUUACCAUCAAAACGGAUAGCGUCAAUAUGAUAAAGAAAGAAAUAAAAAUCAACUACGUGGAGAAGAACUUCAGAAAAAGUGACAAAACGAGGAACAACGUUUAUUUCACGUCCCUCGCGGUGGAAGCGGAAGUUUGCAAGUCAUUCAUUCAGGUAAGCACCGAAAUGGUGGAGGAAGCUGCUAAAGAAGCUGCGGAGGAGAAAUUCGACUCACUAGCAGAACGUGCCACCGCUGGGAGGGUCCCACUAAAGGAUAACCGUGCUGCCACGAAAGGGGCUCCCCCAAAUGGCAAGCAGUUAUUGCCUGCCCACCUAGGGGACGUCUUAGAAGAAGACAUUAACUUCAAAUACGUGGAGGUAAAUCAAACCAAAGCGUGCUUGCUCAAAGUGAAAAAUACCGGAAAGUUCAAAAUAUUCUACGUGGCAGAAUUAAAUGAGGACCCCUUUUUAAAUUAUGUAAGCAUGGAGUGUCUAACAGAUAGCCUAAGUUCAAACGAAACGAAAAUAAUAAAACUGAAGGUAAGAUCAGGUAGGAAGGCCAAAUUUCAAAAUGUGCCUCUCAUGGUACACUUCUACGAUAUGGAAAACAACCACAUCCAAACGUACAAAUAUGCCAUUUCUGUCUUUUUCGAUUAUAACUAUGUUAGGGUUAUCCCUGCCAUUCUAAAUUACGACUCUGUGGAGGUUAAGAAGGAAGAAACUCGGUUCUUUAAAAUAAUUAAUGAUGGACAUUUUGACUUUAAAUACGAGAUUAAACUGUUGAAGAGUAAGAUAAAGAACGCAGAAAAGGAUGAGGUGAUACGGUACAACAACGUGGGGUGUGUGCAAUAUAAGGCAAAUGCCGAUUUGAAAAGCCCCUUUUCCAUUUCACCAAUUAGCGGGUUGGUGAAGUCCAAGGGGGAACAAACAGUCAUGGUUCUUUUUAAUUCCGCUGAGGAGAGGCAGUACAGAUUUGUGUACAUUGUCGAGGUGGAGAAUCUCAUGUCGGAUGUGUUGCAUACUGAUAGGAUGAAAAAGGAGCAGAAGGCCAACAGACAACCCCCUGACUGUCACAAAGAAGUCAUUAAAAUUUUCGCCUCGUCUGUGAAACCAACCAUUUCCUGCGAUGUGAAAAAUAUAUUCGAAGAAGUGCUGCUAUUAAAAAAAACAGAAAGCUAUGCCAACUUUUUAGACCAUUUCUUAGGCAAAAACAGCUACUACAAUUCGGAUGAUAAUACGCUAUACUACAGAUGGUGCCACGUGAAUGAGUGCAUUAAUGAGCGGAUAAAGAUCUGCAACACGUCCGAUGUAAAUGCGAAGGUUCAUGUAGAAAUUAAGGAACUCGAAUUUGCCAACCAUAGGAGUAGAAGCGGAAAGGGGAAAGAAAAGGAACGGGAAAAACGGGGGGACAAGGCAAAAGAGAACGAAAACGAAUCAAGAAGAUCUAGUGUAAAUCCUCAACAAUCAUCCCCCAUCCGUUUUAACAUGCGGGUUCAAAAUGAUAGUGAAAUAAAGUCCAAGUGGUGCUUGACCGAACUGAAUGAACAACGGCGUGGUGUCACCUACGGUGGUGUGUCCUCCUCUCUCAGCACCACCACAGGGGUUACGCGCUACCAGCACAAAUAUUUAGACAUAUGUUUUUAUUCAAACCAAAUAGGAAGUAAAAAGUUUCUCGUAAAUAUCCACCUGGCAAAUCAGCAAAAUGUGUUAUGCUUUUCCUUUUACAUAAGUGUAGAAUUUUUUUUGCCCUCCAUCAAUCUGAUCAUUCCUCAAAGCUUGCUGAAGCAGCGCCGAGAAGAUAAGGUCUACGAUUUGGGGGACAUCCACCUGAACAGUGUCAUUUCGUUUAAAGUGGGAUUAAAAAAUUGCUUCAAGUAUCCCGUCUUUGUAAAGGUCUUCUUUGAAAGGGUUAAUUCGGUGCUAGAUGGUUGGCAUAGUAAGGAGGGGUGGAAGGCACAACUAAAAGGCAGCGCCGAAUUGGAGAGUGCCUCCAACAAAGAGGCAGACUUUAAUGAAGAUGGGAAUGAUAGAAGUACCACCUUGUUGAAUGACUCAAAGGAAGCUCAGCGCAAAAGGGGGGAAGCAAAAAGUAGCAACGUUUCAGAGUCCACACAUGGUAGAAGCACUCCCUGUGACGCCGCAAAGGAGAAAACCUGUGUGCAAGAAAAAAAAGAUAUUUAUAAUGCCACAAAUAGCAGCUCCUUUUUUACUACCCUUGAUGAUCAUGUAGAGAUGCGCACGAAAAACAACACCACCUACUUUGACUACAAAAGUGAUAAAGAUUUGGUGUACAAAACUAGGGAGAAACAAAUGCACAAGUUCAGUUUGGGCUAUCUCUACUACAUAGGGCACAGCAACUACAUGAUAAGGGAAAACGAAGUGGAAAGCAUUAAAAUAAAAGUGGAUAAAAAUAAGUUGGAAGAAAUGAUAAAGAGAAGGAACACACAAUUGGGGGGCUUAAAAGGGGUAGAAGGCGAAGAGUGCAAGGCGGUGGAUGACAUUUCAAACGAGAUCGACGCGAUUGAGCAGAUAGCUACCCCUCAUGGUGAGCUUAACAAAAAGGGAUUAGAAGUAGACAUUAAUGAAAAGGGCAAAAAAAGUGUUAAGGAAAAGCUGAAGAGGCAAGAUGUGGACAAAAAAAAGGAUGCAAAUAAUGUGCGAGAAAAUUUAACCAAAUUUUCAACUUCUCUGAGCGCUAGUCAAGAAAAACAACUUUUAGGAAGCAUACAAAUUGGCGUGCUCAAUAAUGACUACGAAUUUUACAAUUUAAAAUUCCUUGGAAAUGUCGUAGAAUCGAAGAGCUACUGGAAUUUAGAACUCUUAAAAAGUCGCAUACGAAAAGUGUAUGGCGGUAAAAAUGUGGACAUUUUUAAAAAUCACAUCAAUUUUGAUCUGCUACCUGUGGGGUAUAACCACUCAUUUAGGGUUCCCUACGUGAACGACAACAGCCACGAUUUAUUCUUCCAUGUAGAGGUGGAAAAAAAGAUAAAAGGUGCCAUUGACAUCAGGCCGUUAAGUGGCUCCAUACCAGCGAAUAGCUCCUUUCCGUUCUGUGUUCAAAUUGACAUUAGGGAACCCAUCAAUUUGGUGAAGAAGCAAAUCCCCUGCAAGUUCUCCGCAAACCCUUUUAACAAAAAAAGCCCCAAAGUGAAGGAUGAAGAUGGAGUGUAUGAUGACUCCUUAUACGUAAGUUUAGCCUCGGAAGAAGUAAAAUUCUCCUGUAGUAAAAAAAAAAUUAUUUUCAAAAAUGUUCCCUUCUUCAAUUAUUCCAAGAGCGAAUUGGUGCUGGAAAAUAUGGCCAAUGUAAAGGUGUAUGCCGAAUUGAGCAUCGUGCCAUUAAACGGGUUGGAUGACAUAACGUCUGUUUAUGCCUUCCGCCCGUUUAGCGAGAAAAGGAUCACCUCGUUAGUGAAGGGGUUGGGUAAAAAUCUCCUAAUGAAUGAGGCUACUGGGGAGAGGACAAAACAAUUGGGGAACUCGCCAGGCAAUUCUAAGCAAAGGGGAGGCACUACAACCGCUUCGGAAGAUAACCACCCGGUUGGUAACCCUAAUGGGGUACAAGCAGAGGAUAAGACGGGCGAAAAUAACCCCAUCGACGAGUUUUACCUAACCAAGCACGACUUGACUUCGUCCGAUUUUGGAGAAAAUCCUCGUAACGGGGAAGGAGAAGGAAGCGGCUUUAACGAGACGCACAUUGAGGAGAACCACCUGGUUGGAGAAGGCAGCGAAAUAAUUCCAAGUGGAGAUGCAACAAGCACACCGCAGCAGCAGUGUAGGGUCAUCAAAAAGUAUAUAACCAUUAAGGGAAAGCACAAGAAGCGCCUGCAACUGUUUUGCUUUCACCACGUGUACAGGAAAACCUUCGACGCAGUGCUUCACAUAAGGAUAAAAUUCUACAGCCAAAUUAGCAUACCGAUCAAAAUGACAUUCGAAAAUUACGACCACAGCAGCUUAUUUGUGUUGGCGGACUGGAAUCACAACUGUAUUGUGGAUAACAUGGAGGAGAAGAAAAAAGUUCCAAAAAAGUGCAAAAUGGUUGUACUCAGCAGGGGAGUGUUAAAAAAGGUAAGUCAUAAAAUAUACAUGUUGAACAUUUCGAAGGAUACCUUACAGUACUUUUUCGAGAAAAUCAGCGAAAUGGGAGAAAACGGAGGGAGAAACCCUAUUCCGCUGAGUAGCGGCAAACAGAACGGGGAAAAUAAGAAGAGCGAAAAAAACAACGACAACAAUUCUGAGUGUAUUAACUAUAAGGGGUGUGUAAAGGAGAAUAACUUUUCCCCAAUUAGAUUCCUUUUUAACAUUUUCAAUUCGAUGGACUACAGCGGACGCUACAACCUUUACGUAAAUGAUAAGAAAGAGCAGCCCAUCGAUUUUGAGCUCAAGGUAAUUGAGCCCCUCAUCUUUUUUAAUACGUCUUCUAUACACGUCAACAAUUUAAUAUUAGGAAAAAGCUACUGCUUCGUUUUUUACCUAAUCAAUUUUGACCUAAUGGACAUCCACUUUGAGUUUGACCAAAAUUCGUAUAACUCGUUUAACAGCAAAAAGGAGACCAUCAGGAUUGUUCCAUUUAGCGGCGUUGUGAAAUCAUGCUAUAGGAAGAAUAAGUACCUAUACAAGGAGAUAAGAAAAUUAAAUGAGGAUAAUUCCAUAGGUGUAGACGAUCCAGAUGGAAAGGGAACUAUCGCGGAAGGGAACUCCUCCGCUCGUGCGACUUCCACGUCGAGCAAUUCGCACGAAAGUGACUCUAAUGGAAGCGGCAUUCUGGGUGAUAUUCAAAUUAAAGGUGCGUUAACUGGAGAGAGGAAAAGUGUAAAAAAAAGGAUAAAGGUCAAUUAUGUAAACAAUUAUGAGAAUGUUAAGCUGCACAACGAGAGUGACAACUGGUCGUGCUCGCUCACCAAUUCGUCGGACGCGUCGGCAUCUUCAUCAAAUCUCAGUUCUGGCAAAAAUAAAGCAGAACAAAGGGCGCAAAAUGAGAGAACUGUGCUAUAUGGAAGGUACAAGAAGGAAUACAUCCUCCCAGCGGAAUUUCCGCAAUGGGAAUACAUAAAUACGUCGUGCGAUUCGGGCAAUGGGUCAGACAGCGAGUCAGGCAGCGAGUUAGACAGCGAAUGGAAUGGCAAAACGUAUGUUAGCCUACCAGAGGGAAACAACAGAAAGGGAGACAGCCCUCACAGCAGUAAGUUUUUCCUGCUGAAUUAUUACCUGAGAAAUAUACGGAAAAGCGAUAGCAACAAAUUUGUAAGAGACAUCAAACAUGUGAGGGGAAAAGGAAGGUGUAAAAAAAUCAAGCUGUUCUUCAAACCACACCUCGAACAGUUCUACAAUUUUAACUUGCUAUGCAAAAUAGGGUCAAAGGAAGCACCCCUACAGGUUAAUUUCAAAACGCAAGUCAGUAAAAUUAAUAUAAAUUGUUAUGUUGAAAAUUUCGACAAGGAAAAAAUGCAACUCAAUUUGGAGGAAGGCACAUGGAGUGGAAAGCAAAAGAAAUAUAAAAGUCAAAUGAUCCAUAUUUACGACCUCAUAAAUUUUAAAGAAACGUUAGUAGGACGAAAAAAAGUCUCCAAAAUUGUUAUUGAAAAUUUAGGUAAUUUUGAUCUAGUUUAUAAAUACUACUUACAAAAAAAGGAUGAAGAAAUUCGUAUAAUCAGCAGUGGGGAUUGUAUUCCCCAGAACUCCACUUAUUCCAUUUCUGUUGAGUAUAACCCUUUGAAGAACCAAACGUACGUUAACUACUUGACCAUUAAUAUUAUGGACUACUAUCUUCUUAAUUUAAAAAUCACUGCUGUUGCGAUUAGCUUUUUAAUUAAUUUUUCCUUUUACAAUUAUGACUUUGGCAACGCUAUUUUGUUCCCCGUUUUGGAUGACAGCGCUAAGGUGAAGGGGGUGACGAACAUAGACCAGCGCUGCGAAGAGAGCUUUUCCUCCAGUGACAGCUCACUCUCGUCUUUGAUUUCUGCCUUCAAAAGGAAUGAGAGGGAUAGGAGGGUGAAGGGGCGCGAGGAGGAGAAGGCCAGGGCGCUCGCCGGCGAAGACGCGCAGGGCGCGCCUGGGAAGCAUAAAAAGGGCAAGAAGAAAAGGCACAAGGGGGAGAAGCGUGACAGGAAGGAGGAGCGGCAGGAAAAGGGGAAGCAGGAUAAUGCGCAGAAUGAAGUGGACGAAGAGGCUAAAAUGAGCGAUGCCGCUGAACACGCCGAGAAGGAAAAGGGGGAGGACAAAUCGAAAGAAGGCCGCAAGAAGGAGAAGCGAAACAAGGAGAAGCACACACCCGCUACGACGAAACACCCACCCGAUAAGGAGAAACACACACCUGCUAGGGAGAAAACGGAACAGGAAAAAGACCAAAGCAAAGCAAACGAUGCCGAUUCGAGCCAAGGUAGAAAAAGCGGAAAGAGCAAAGUCACGAAUGUUGCGGGAUCCAAAAUUAAACAGGCGAAGAUGCAAAAGGAUCAUGCAGACAACGAAAUGGACGUCCUCCCAGAAAAGGAAAACAACAAUGCGGUAGAAACAAAACUUGUGAUUAGCAACAAUAAUGAUGAGGACUGCUACAUAGAAUAUGAACUGAAUGAGGAAUGUCUCACCAUAACAAACCUUCGAAAAAAGGUGCACCUGAAGAGAAAAAGUAGGAUCUGUCUUUUUAUCCAAUUUAAACCAAAAGAAGAGAAGAAUUAUAACUUCAAAAUACCUUUUAUGAUAAACGGAGAUGUAGACAAAAUGGUUUACAUCCACUUAACAGGAUCAGCCACGCAUUUCAAAUUGCCCUUUUCUAGCAACAAUUCGAACGAAAUUCAUUUUGAGGAUGUACAUGUGGAUAAAGAAAGCGUUUCCAAAUUUACGCUGCACAAUAAAAAUUCAGAAGAUAUAUUUUUUAACGUAUUAAAUUAUGGCUACUUGGAGAAGCACUACCUCUCCUUUGUCAAGUUUGACAAUUCCGUUUUGCACACCUUAAAGAAGAAGGAAAAAAAGACUUUCGAGGUGAAGUUCCUCCCCGAGAAGUACCUUAACAUGCAGAUCCCCCUAUACCUGGGUGUAAGCUACCGGGGGAAAAGAAUAGCCUACUACUUGACGAGCAUUAAAUUGAGCAGCAUAUGCUACAAAAUUGUUCUGAAGGAGAAUUUGCUCACGUUCAACAAGGCGGGGCAGCAGGAUGGAAGCGCGCUGUGCGCCGCAGACGCGAGUCGGGUUAGCCAAACGGGAGGAGCUACCCAAACGGGGGAAGUUACCCAAACGGGAGAAGUUACCCAAGUUGAGGAAGUUAAGGAAAAGCUGUUCAAGGGCGCGCACCGCAAGGACUCCAUAAAGGGCAGGAAAAUCCAGCUGCACAACAGGGGCGACAUGAACGCCCAGUUUCAAGUUGUGUACCCGCAAAAGUACGAAAAAUUCUUGCAGGUGUAUCCAAAAAAGGGGAUUAUCUUUUCCUUCAACUUAACGAGCAUUUACAUCUUCGUGGACACCGAUUUUGUGACGAAGGAUUUGUUCCUCAACGAUGUGUUCGUGGAUUUGCUCCCCAAAUUUAAUAAAAUCAACAGCAAAAUUUUCUUAAACAUAUUUAUUAAUACGCGCAAUGACAUGAUAAAGUGCAGGAGUGCGUAUGUGAAUAAUUCGAAGUUGAUCACUGCAGGGGGGAAUGCACCGAGUGGGGAGGUCGCCGAUGAUGGGAAGACCGCCAAAGGUGGGAACAUCGCCAAUGAUGGGGAAGCCCAAAAUGAAGGGGGAAAAAAACGAAGCGCAGACCGCUGCGAAAAAGGCGAAAGAGAUGAACACCCCGACUGUGACGACAAACGCGUCAAUACAAUUUGCCUAAAAAAUGAAACCAUUGUCACCUUCCUGACGGACAUCAGAAAGCAGAUAAGCAAGAGCAUCGAAAUAUGCAACGAAACGGAAGCGAACUUUAAAAUGAAAUAUAAGUUCCUGUCCAAUGAGAACAAUUUCUUCUCGCUGGCAAAACAUGAAGACGUUGUGAAACCGAACGAAAGCGGAACAUUUCAAAUCGUUUACAAUCCUCUGUUUGUGCAGAAGAGGAAGAAAAACAGUAACAACUAUCACAACACCUUGUGCUUAAAAUAUUUGAAAUAUUUCCCCAAAAUUCAUCAUAUAUCCAAGCUGGUAAUUUAUUACCCCAAGGAGGUGGUGAAGAAUUAUACCUUAUUAGGCUAUGCAAAUAGUACCACUUACGAAAAGAAGAAAAGUUUCAAUUUCAAAUCGAAGGUUUUGAACAGUGCCUCCAUCAGAAUAAAGAAUUGGCUAAAUGAAAACCAGACGCUGUUCGUUUCGUCUCUUUUGUGUGACAAAGAUUUGAACGUUUCGCAUAGCGACAGCUUCUUCUUUUACAUACAAAACAAAUUCGAGCUAACCAAUAAGGAGGAAAAAAACGUGCCAUUUAAAGUCAUAUCUUUGAAGGAAGGAACCUACCAUGUGAUGCUGACCUUUUCGAAUGAAAAAUAUGAAGACGCGUAUAAGAUUCUCCUCCAGUUUGAAAUCACCAAAAACGAAUUUCUCUCCAUAACAAAUGUAAAGGGAAAUAAAAAAGAAAUAGUAAAAGAGCAAGUGAGCAUUUACAACCCCCUGGAUGAGGAUGUAAAAAUGGAUGCACUCCUUGACUACACGUACGCAUUUUUGGACAAGUCUAUAAUUCUGCAGAGGAAAAAAACUAAUAAUAUUAGCAUAUACUUCUGCCUGGUUAGAAACGAAACCGACAGAGACGUCACCAUCUCGUUUGCCAAUAAAACAACAGGAACGUACAAAUUUAAAUUUAUUCUCAACGUAAGCAUGAACGAUUUUGAAGAUAACUUUUACUUCAACACAGAUUUGGGGUCUAUUCAAAUAAACGAAAUAUCUUUUACAAAUGUGUGCAACCAGAAAAUUAAUUACGACGUGGUCAUAGAGGAUUAUGACGAGGAGAACAAAAACUCCAAGCAGAUAUUCCAGUGCGUCGACAAAACCGUCAGUGCUAAAUCCGUGGAUACAAACUUUUUCUUAAAGAACGAGACACUCAAUAACUUGACGGAGAAGAUUAACCUUACCGUAAAAUAUAACCCCCCCGAUGUGCAAACGAAUAAGGCCGUUUUGAAGCUCCUCUCAAAGGAGGGCAUCAUUUACAAGGGGCUGCUAAUCGGGAAAAGCGUGGCGCCGAAACCGAAGGGACCGAUAUUCUGCUCGUCGCAAAAAACCACACUCAUUUCAUUUACGAAUCCGUUCUUUCACGCGAAGCAGUUUUUUUUAAAAACGGACGAAUGCUUUUCUGUCCCAUUUGAAGUCACCAAAGUGGAAGCGCGCCAAACAGUUCAUAUACCAGUCAAGUGCAAAGCGACAAGUGCCAUCUCCGGCAAACUCAUCAUCAAGUCGGAGGAUGACAUCACGUGGAUGUAUUAUUUGACAGGGCAGUAA